AUGCCUGGAAUUGGAGAGAAUGAGAUAUGGAAUUUGAAUCCGUACAAAAAUCACGAACUUGGAGUACUUUCCACGUUUAUCGUUCCGGAUACAAACAUAUGUGCUCCCGGUAUCAUAGUAGAGGGGCCAGAAUCAUCUGGAAAGACAUUCACAGUUAUCAAAUACGCAAAUUAUCUUCGGAAGAAAUUUGAUGUGAAGUGGAUGCAAAUAAAAUGUGAUUAUUGCAUGACUAGACGCCGGGUUUUGAGGAAAGUUCUUGAAUUCAUGGAAGAGAUUCUUGAAGUUGAUCCUGAUUAUACGGAAUACAGGAGGCGUAUACAUAGCAGUCGGCAGAUGAGUCACUGUGAGAAUCUUUCGAAUUUUACAUACGUGUUAAAGCACACAUUUGGAUCGGCCUUGGAGAAUAAGGUAAAAGAAGUUCGAUCUCAAACAGUACUUUUUGUGCUAGAUCGUGUGGAUAGAAUGCUUAUCAGCGAGCAAAUAGGAGAGCUGUGUGGUGCAUUAACGCGGUUACAUGAGCAGGAUGAUCUUUUUCAGGGCAUAUGCUUUGUCUUUGUGGUAAAUCGGGCUGAUUACUUGAAUCUUUCGACCAUGUCGAUUCCAACUAUUCAAUUCACAGGUUACACUAUAGAGCAGAUAAACAACAUAAUAGGAAAAAAAUUUGUAAGUGAUGAAUGGCUUGAGGCAGUGUACAGAGAUUUAGAUAGUGCGAAGAUCAGCAAGAAACAGCUUCAGAUUUUUAUCAGGAGUUUUGUGGAGUAUAUCGUGAAGACUUACGGCUCGUAUUUUGGCCAUAAUAUUGACAUGAUCAUUCCUGCACUCCGGAGACUUUGGCCAGCAUUUUAUGAGCCAAUUAAGGCAAGAGGAUCGAUUAAACCGCGAGUGAAUGAUGUUUUAACCACGUUCAUGCGUAAAAGAAGGCUUCUACAGACAGAAUACGGACUAGUGACGAAAAUAGCAGAUGAGAAUGGCAUUAAAGUGGGAGAUAAGUUCAUUUCAAGAGAGCUUCAAAGCCCCACGAAAGCUAAUGAGAAUAAUAAAACGCGAUAUGACUUGCCAUUGCGCACGAAGUAUAUCGUUGUUGCAUCAUUUUUAGCAUCUUUUACCGACCCCAAGUAUGAUAUGGUGAAUUUUUCGAAAAACAGAGAGCUCAGAUCGAACAGAAGGGUGCGAUACAAGCGUCGCAAGACAAACACUUCAAAUGAAACUAUGGGUACCAAGCUCAUGUCUCCAAAGCCAUUUUCAUUGGAGAGAAUGCUGGCAAUUUUGCGAUCUGUGGCAACAGAAUUUGAUGUGGGACAGGUGCUGGCAGAUGAUGUACAACUUCAAAACGAUAUAUCGACGUUGACCUCAUUGAAAAUGCUUAUUAAGAUGGGUGCACAUGACACGAUUGGGGGAGCAACCAAGUGGAGAACAAAUAUGGAAUGGAGUGCAGUUCGACAAAUAGCAAACGAUGUUGGAUUCAAGAUUGAAAAUUACCUGCAAUAUUAG